GGUUUAUUGUGCAUGCACACACAGUCAGUUCGCAGCUCGGAAUAGUUUUUGACUAAGAACCACGCAGCUCAGUGUGAGGGGUUAAAUGAGAUGAUGGCUCAUGCUGACAGGGAGAGAGUUACCGAGAAAGCGCGAGACACAGAACACCAGCUGCGCGCGCUCUCGGUGUUAACCGUGUAUCAGAUGUAAACAGCACAGACAGGCUCGAGCAAAUACUCGUGUUUAGUUCAGUGCCUUUUUGAACGGGGGACGCCAACAGACUCGGGAGGAAAAACCGUGUUUUUUCCGUCGUAAAUGAUUUUUUCCUUUUGUUGUUUGGAAGUAAAAGUUGCUCAGGCAGACGGUGUGUUUACCUCCGCGCGCUCCCGGGGUCGCGUGAACAUCAGGUGUUAUACUGUAUCUCGUUACAGAUCAGGAUUUCUCUCAGCUGUCAGUUGCCUCUGCCUCAGCUUCAAGUCUGACUCAAGACGGCUUUCUAUUCAUUCAUUUAUUUUUUUAUCAUGAAAUGACUUCUUUCAUGGAAUUAACUGAUAAACUGAACUGAAUAACAUUUGGACUCAUCGUUCAUAUCCGCGGUCCAUCUGUUUUUGCUGCUUUAUUCCUCCCUAUGAAGGGUUUGUUCUUCUUAAACAUUAUUACUCAUCACUGAAAACCUUCCAAAAUGGAGAUUUUUGUCAUCAAACCACGGCAUUUUAAUGGAGUUGUCUGGGGUCAUUUUUUAUUUAUUUAUUUAUUUACAUGAGAAAGUAAAGGAAUACUCGUUGAAUACACCUGUACAUCCUGUGCUCAAUGAACCACCACCCUUCAACAAAUUGGAAGUGAAUCGGUUGAUAUUUAAGGCGAGUACGGCGAAUCGAUUUUUUGUUUAAGCGACUCUUUUUAAACGACUGUUGUGAGUAGAGAGAUUCAUUUGAAACUACUCCUUUAAAUGAGUAGAGCUAGUCGAUUCUUUUUACACGACUCUUUUAAGCGAUAACAGAGAUUCGACUCUUUUGAAACGACUCAACGAGUCAAUAGAGCGAGUUGAUUCUUUUUAAACGACUCGUUUAAUUUAGUAAAGCGAAUAGAUUAUUUUUACGCUACUCUUUUUAAGUAAGUACAGCGAAUCGGUUCUUUUAAAGUUACUAUUUUUAAGUGAGUUCAGCGAAUCGAUUCUUUUGAAACGACUCCUUUAAAGGAGUAGAGCUAAUCGAUUCUUUUAAAGCUACUCUUUUAAGUGAGUAGAGCGAAUCGAUUCUUAGGAAACUACUCUUUUUAAGGGAGUGCAGCGAAUCGAUUCUUUUUAAACUACCCAUUUUAUUUGAGUAGAGCGAAUCGAUUCUUUUUAAACGACUCUUUUAAGUUAGUAGAGCGAAUCGAUUUGAAAGGAUGUGUUGUUUACACACUAUUGUUUACAUUAUUUACUCCAUUUUGAAUUGUAAAUGUGUUUCAUUUUUAUCACUUACAUUGAAAUAAUUUUUACAUAUGUAGAUAUGAAUCAGCUGGGUUUUAAAAUUGCCUACAUGGCGGCCUAUUUCUAGAUGGCCCCUAAAAGCAAUUAAUUCAGCACAAGUUCAAACAGAACUAAUUCGUAUUAACAAUAGUUUACAUUGAUGGUGAGAAAGAAUCAAAUCAGCAAAAGGAGUCGUGAUGCGUAUAGCUACACCUGAGAACUCAGCACUGCAGGAUGGGGGCUAGGCAGUCCAAAGGCUCUGAGGCUGGGUCCAGACCGCUCCAGCGGGUUUGGAGACGAGCUCAGGGCUCUUUCCUGCUCCGCUCAUCCUCCAGCGAGCGGCCAGAGAAUCCUGGGGUGCCUGCGCCGUACCACCGUCGCGUUGGCAUGAUUCAGGACAUGCUGCUGAAGGCAAAGGAGGGGAGACAGGAGGAGGCCAGUGAGCUGCUGAAAAGUCUGAGACAGGAUUUAGGUAUGGAGUCGACAUCUCUGGAUGAUGUGUUGUACCGGUAUGCGAGCUUCCGCAGUAUGGUGGACCCCAUCACCCAUGACCUUAUUAUCAGCCUUGCUCGCUACGUGCACUGUCCAAAAACGGAAGGUGAGUCUCUGAGUGCCAUGGAGAAGGUGUGUCGCCAGUUGACAUACCACCUGAGCCCUCAUCCACGUUGGAGGCGGCAGGGUCUUCUGAAGGGAAAACCCCAGGGCAGUGUAAAGGCGGUCCUCUCCGUGUCACCGGAUGGCACAGUGGAUUUAUCGGGGCUCACUCUUUCACGUCGUGAUGCAGAACGCUUGGUGCUGUACCUACAGCGCAACUCUGCCCUUGUUCGUAGCGUUGAACUGGGUUUCACCGAGCUCACAGACGAUACGCUGCUGAUGCUGCUGCCCACGUUAUCCGCUCUGCCUGCUCUCGAGAGCCUGGUGCUCAACGGCAACCGGUUGACCCGAGGCGUCUUGCGUCACCUCACCGACGCCCUCAAGGAGCCGCGGAGCUUCCCUGCUCUGGCAUGGGUCGACCUCGGUAACAACGUGGACAUCUUCUCUUUGCCUCAGGCCUUUCUACUCAGCUUGCGCAAGCGCUGUCCGAAGCAGGGUAACUUACCCACCAUUCAAGAACAGCCAGAACAGGGGUGCGGGGCAUGUGGAACUGCAGGAUUGGAGGAGGUUGGAGAAGAUCCAGACUGAUUUCCCGGUUGAGUUAUGGGGAUGAGGUUGGGAUGACGAUAUCUCAUCCCACCACAUGUGUUUGUGGGUGGAGUCAUAUUAUAAAUGGACUCCAUUUCAUCUGGAUAUGUGUUCUCAGUUGGGCACAAAUCGAGGAAUUUACGCAUGAUUUGUGUCCUUACUUGUCGCCUUCAUCAAAUAUAUCCAAUGUCAGUGGACUCCCUGGGCUCACACCCAGCCUGGACUCUGGACCGCCUUCCUGGUUGGACUAUGGGGCUGGUCUGGGACUGAAUAAGAGAUUUUUGUAAGAUAUAUAUUGAGCUCAACAGGUUGGGAAGACACAAAUGUGCCUGUCCGAUGGGUGUCAGAACUAGACGGAGAAAUGAUGUGCCUGUUAACUGUCCUGAAUCGCCCUUAAUUCCAGGCAUGCACGGUGCAAAUCGAGGCUGUUUUUUCUAAUCUGAAUUGGCAUUCUUCUGAAUUGGGCCAGAUUUCAGUUGCAUUGGACAUGCAGUGUAUUUGGGGUAGAAAUUAGGCAUGGGAAAAAAUAAUAAUUGCAUGGAUGCAUCAUGACCCUCUUCUGAGUGACUCUAUGAUCAUGCUUAUACUUUCAUCAUACAGUCUAAAGUUUCAGAUUUGUAAAUUCUUCAUUGAACCACAAAAUGUUUUCUUGGUUAGCUUAAUAUUACACGUCUGCUAUCUUGUAUUCAACUUCACACAGGAUGUAUGCACAGUUGUACCAAAACCCGAAUGGCUUCUGAUUCACUAUAUACUCACUAUCCGGUUUAAAAGGAAAAACCUGUACGCCUGAUCAUUUGCGCAAUUGUCCAAUCCCAACAAUCAUGUGGCAGCAGCUCAGUGCAUAAAAUCAUCCAGAUACAGGUCAAGAGCCUCAGUUAAUGUUCACAUUAAACAUCAGAGUCAGGAAAAAUGUGAUGUCAGUGACUUGGCAUGGUUACCGUUGCCAGACGAGCUGGUUUGAGUAUUUCAGAAACUUCUGAUCUCCUGGGAUUUUUGACGCACAACAGUGAAUAAUGCUUACACAGAACGGUAAGACUGGUUUGAGCUGACAGGAAGACUACAGUCACUCCAAUAACCUCUCUUUACAACCACGGUGAGCAGGAAAGCAGCUCAGAACGCACAGCUUUGAGGCAGAUGGGCCGUAAAAGUAGAAGAGCACAUCAGUUUGCACUCCUAUCAGACAGGAACAGGGAUCUGAAGCUACAGUGGGCACAGGCUUAGUAAAACGGGACAGUUGAAGAUUGGGAAAAUGUCACCCGCUCUUGUCAUGUUUUAGUGAGCCUGUGUCCACUGUAGCUUGGUGAACUAUACUCCGAGCCCUAGGAAAAACGUAAAAAUAAUACGUUUGAAAUUGUUAACACUUUUAUACACCGUAUAUUUCUUUUAUUUUUAAAGCUAAAGGAUGAACGAUUUUUGGAAUUUUGCUCCCUCUGCUAGUAAAAUGCUGCUGCAAGCUAGUUGAGGAAGAAGGUUUCAGAACAUGGGUCGUGCUGCAUCGUUCUUCACUGCAUGGAUUAAUCUCAUGGCUAUGACUGCCAUGUCAAUACACAUCCACAGAGAAUUUAAUGCUGCAUCCCAAACUGCAUAAUGCGCAGUCAGUCAGUAGUCUUCUCCUUCUAGCUAAAUAACUUCACUAUUGGGCGAUGAUGUAAAUUCCCGAUGAGAAUAAAUGAGCUGUUUAUCGUUCACUAGCCAAAUAAAUGUUCAGCAAGAAAAAAUAUCAAACUCGUGAUAUAUGCCUGAAUCCUUAUAUAUAUAUCCUCUAUUGUAUUAUAUUCACUCAGUUUGACUUCUGUUCGGUUUGUUUACAUAAUUAAUGAUAAUGAGCUAUAUUGGUCAGCUAUACAUUACAACACAGUAAAGUUCUUUUCUUCACAUACCCCAGCAUACCAGGAAGUUGGGGUCAGAGCGCAGGGUCAGCCAUGAUACAGCGCCCCUGGCGCAGAGGGGGUUAAGGGCCUUGCUCAAGGACCCAACAGUGGUAGCACUGGGGUUUGAAUCCCUGACCUCCCAAUCAGUAACCCAGAGCCUUAACCGUCAAGCCACCACUGCCCUUAAUUACUCCCCACCCUGAUUGGCUGACUCUCAUCAUCAUAAUGCCUCAUAUUGGGGUUUGAUGAUGUUUAUCGUAUCUGAGCCGGCGUAUGACAUACGAGUACAAAUAAAUUUUUCACCAAUUCCACUAGUGCAGGCCUGUCAGGGUGACUCACGGCAGCUCAGGAGCAUCAUAUUAAAAAGUAGCUUUUGUCUGAAAACUUUUGUUUUUUUUAAAAAUAGGAAAUGUUCAAUAUAUAAUAAUAAAUUAAGCCAUGAAUGACAGGCAUUUUUCUCAGAGCCAUUUUCCUACAUAAAGUGACAGAAGGGCUAAACAAACAAACAAACAUUUAAGAAAUAUGUUUUGAUAGAUUUACAUUUCAUAAUGUUUUUGGUUGAACGAGAUAGCAAUCCUGCGGCGUUGGUGUGGCUUGGUUCGAGGUAGGAGAUAACUUAUUAAGCAGAAGCUUGAAGUUGCACUAACUCACAAAUGCAAGACUUUCUAAGUGUGAGAUAUUAACUAACAAUUGCAGGGUUGAAAAAAACCCAGUUGCGUGAAAUAAACUUGCAGGUGCAGGAGAGGAACUCGCAACUGCAUGACAAAUCUACAUAAUAUUUUCCAUACAAAUGCAGAUAUGAAUAGGAGGUGCACUAUUGCUUUUUUUCUUUGUUAAUAAACCCUGCCAGAAAUGUUCACAGCACAUCUGGUUACGAGUAGACGUGUGUGUCGUGACCGUUAUCAAAAACGUCAUGUGAGCAGGAGGUUUUAGCUUUCAUGUAGGCAUGACCAAGCGGUCAGAUACGAAGCUCGCAGGACAAACAAAGACCAUGUUUAUUAACAUGAACAUGCAGUGCUGCGCUAUUCAUUUCUGCAUCCUUAGUAACCGCCUGUUCCGGAUUGCUGUUUUAAUUCCAGCUGCUAGGUUGUUUAUAUUUUGAGAAACACAACCAACUAGAAGGGGGUGCGGACAAAAAUAAUCAUUUCAAAAGAUAUCAAUUUAAAAAAGCCUUUCGGACAUCACUAGCUGAGAUCGAUUAUGAACUGGGAUGAUGUAGCUGAGGUUGAGGAACUGUCAGAGCCAUGCUGACAGUGCUGAUGUUUAUACCUCUGGGAUUUUUUCCUAGUGUUUUCCAGUGUUUACGAUACAGGUAGAGAUAGUGGGAUUGCUUUCCUCCUCUAGUGCAGUGUAAUUUGUCACCAAAGACCAAGAGUCCUGAUACUGUACAAUGUAUGCCUGGAUUAAGACCGCACUUAUUACAGGAGCUUGACCAUUUCUAGUUUUAAACCUUCAGCUAUCACGAAUGUUCCCGGUUUGUAAUCCUGUUUUAAGCGUCAUUUAGACAUGGCUGUAGCAGUGUCAUGCUUGCUUAACUGCUCUAUAGCUCAGACUUGACCAGCAGACACGCACAUUACUCAGCUUUAUUGGCUAUUGGCUUCUACUCCUACAUUGUUGUCCUAAAGACUUCCACUGCAGGCUUGAAGUAACCUCAUGAGAGAUACCACGGUUAUAAGGAACAAAGCAAUUAUAAAUUAUGUCAUCAAUUAUUCAUUCGUUUAUGCGGCUGCUGCUAAUUGGGUUGUUACUUCUAGCAGAGUGUACAUAGAAUGAAGACUUGUUUUCUGACUCAAAUACGUAAAAAAAAAAUAAAUAAUAAUAGCACUGAACAAAAUGCGUUAGUCAGGAACAGCAGCACUUAUUCAUAUAAGAAGUGACGGGAGGAGAUGGGUUCAGUUCCAUCCAUCCAAUCAAGCGUUCAGGAUUGUUUCAUCUUCAGAGUAUUUGUUUGAUUCAGAGUGAAAAGAGAGAGAGAGAAAACGAUGAUGUAAUUGUAUUCCUUAAAAUUUUCCAUUGAAGAUAUUAAGCUGCAACACAAUCCUGUUGAUGUUUGUAAUGUUUUUGAUUAAAGACUAUUAUUCAUAAUA